AUGCUUCGUCUCGAAACCCUCGCUGCCCUCGCCGUCCUCGGCCUGGCCAACGCUCAGUCUACCGUUGGCUUCGGCCCCUACUUCAGCCUGGGUCCUACUCAGAGCUGGAUCCGCGAGGCCACGACCACUCUUGUGCUCCCCGAAGUUCCCAGCCCCGUCGCGGACCGUCUCGCCUUGUGGCCCGGCAUGGGCACCAGCGGUGGUGACCUGAUCCAGGCGCUUGCUGUUUCUUUCUCCGACCCCAAUGCCAACUGCGGCGGUACUUCCGGCCAGUGGUGCAUCUGGGCCAGCACCCUCGAGGGAACGCAGCUUGGUGGCACCCAAGUUCCGGCCAAUGCCGGUGACAACGUGACCAUGGAAUACAAGUACAACGAUUCCACCGCCAAGUACGAUCAGACCGUUUCCCUCAACGGCAAGGUCGUCUCAACUCUGUCGACCAGCUCCGGCCAAGCCCAGGGCUGGGGCACCGCCGUCGAAUGCCAGGACGAUGCCUGCAAGAGCACCGCUCGCGCUCACCAGUACAUCGACACCACGAUCGUCCUGAACGCCGCGGACAGCACCUUCGCCGGCACCCUGGCCACCAACGAGGUCACCUCCACCGGCCUGAAGACCUCCGACUCCAAGACCUUCACCGUCGAGACUAUCAACGUCCAGGCCCACACCUAUGAUAUCUAA